AUGCCGUCUCUCCAAAGUGCACUCAAGCAUAUACAAUCGUCUGACGCCAUGACAACUUUUUUGGAAUCACACACCGUCAACGUCAACGAGAAGGAUCAGCAUGGCGAUGCACUGGUUCAUUUUGCUGCACGUGCUCAUGCCGUCGACGUGUUGCAAGUGUUGCACGACCAUGGUGCUGAUCUCGGGGCUGUCAAUGAGCACGGACGCCAGCCCUUGCAUGAAGCUAUUGAUUCGAUCGAUUGUGUUGCAUAUCUUGUCAAACAUGACAGCGUGGAUGUUAAUGCAUUGAAACGAGGCGAUUGGACACCCUUGAUGAGUGCAGCAUUGAAAGGGAAUCUGGAUAUCAUCAAGAUACUUGAACAAGCAGGUGCUCAACUCGAUCGCAUCACCAAAGAUGGCAGGACGGCAUUGCACCUUGCAAUCCAGAAUGGUCACGUGGAAACAGCCAUCUAUCUUGCUGAACACUCGCCAUCAUCCGUAAUGAAAUGCACAAAAUCAGGUCGCCUUCCUGCACAAUUAGCAGCUGCACUUUCACCACCCGAGACAUCCUAUGCCAUCACCUCUUUUCUCCUCAGCAAUCCUUUAUGGACCACACCUAUACUCAAUCAUCGGGAUAAUUCAGGACGUGGUGUAUUGAUCGAUGCAGCAGCAGCACGCAGCUUCCAAUUACUCAAAAAGUUAUUGCUUGAAUAUGACAUUGAUCCCAACCAAACGGAUUCGAUUCAUCGGAGUAUGAUCCACUAUGCUGCCAUGAUGGGCCAUUUAGAUACGCUCGAAUUCAUAUAUCACCUACGAUUACCAAAGGAUGUUUAUUGGGACGCACCAGAUAGCUGGGAUCAAUGGACACCUCUAUUACAUGCCGCUCGAGAAGGUCACACUCCCAUUGUGAGAUUCUUAUUGGAAAACAAGUUGGCUGACAAAUCAUGGAAGGAUAAGCGUGGAAGAACAGGCUAUGACUUAGCCAAUACGUGGAAUCAUAGAGACAUUUGUGAAUAUCUUCAGGGGAUCUGUACAUAG